AUGGAGAGAACCAGCUUGGUAUUCCUUAUCCUACUGAGCUUUGUAAUUAGGAAAGGUUUUGGGUGCUACUGUGACCAUUACCCAUGGAGCUCCUGGUCCAGCUGUUCACAGACUUGUAAUCAUGGGACGCAAACCAGAUCAAGGGAAAGCAACUACGAUGCCUACUAUUAUAAGAAUUCUUGCGACAGAUUGUGCACUUGGAGAGAGACGCGGGCCUGCAACCAGCAAGUCUGCCCCAUCAACUGCCAGAUCAGUGACUGGGGCUCCUGGUCAGAGUGUGACCCAUGCGUUAAAAAGCAAUUUCGUGUCAGGUCUCUGGUACAGCCGUCUCAGUUUGGAGGUCAACCCUGUACUGAGCAGAUGACAGAUUUCCGGAGAUGCUUCCCCACAAGGUUAUGCAGGAUAGAGGAAGUCAAUUGUGGGAACAAGUUCCAGUGUGAAAAUGGUCGCUGUGUUGCCAGACAACUGAGAUGCAAUGGAGACAAUGACUGUGGAGACAAUUCAGAUGAAAGGCACUGUGGGAGGAUAAAGAACACCUGCCGCUCGACAGUCAAGACCAUACCCAGUGUGCAGCUCAUGGGCCUGGGAUACCACAUUCUGGCAGGAGAGAGCCGAGGAGAAGUCCUGGAUUUUUCUUUCUAUGGCGGGAGCUGCGUCCUUCUGAAGAGUGAAGACAAAAGGAGCACAUUUCGUGUGCCUGCAAACCUUGAGUCUGUCCACUUUCAGGUGAAGCAUCAAGAAGAUGACCUGAAAACAAAUUAUUAUACAGAUUUAACAUCCUUGGUAUGCUCUUCUAGCAAUAUGCAGUAUUUCAGGGGACACGGGAAAGAUAACUGGGGAAUCCCGUAUUUAUGGGGGUCAACGUCAAACACAAAAACUACGGCAUCGAGUUCCUUCCACGAAGCCAUCAAAGCAUCGCACAAAAUGAAUUCCAACUUCAUUAGGGUCCAUAAGGUGAUUGCUGUGUCGAACUUCACAGUGAAGCAGUCGGACUUGCACCUCUCCAGAGUUUUCCUACAGGCCCUCAACAGCCUGCCUCUGGAAUACAACUAUGCCCUUUACAGCCGGAUAUUUGAUGACUUUGGGACUCAUUACUACAAAUCUGGCUCAAUGGGAGGCAAAUACGACCUUCUUUACCAGUACAGUGAAGAGCAGACAAAAAAUUCAGGCUUAACCCAGCAACAAAUGGAAGGCUGUGUGCGAACAGAAACGACAAGAACCUAUAUUUUCUUCAUUAAGAAAACAGAUAUUCAUUACGAUUGCGUCAGAAGUAAAAUGACUGAGAGCUAUGAAGGUUCCAUGCUGAAGUCAUCUGAACGGUCUAUUUCCUUCGUCGAGGGUGGAAGGGCACAGUAUGCUGCAGCGCUAGGCUGGGAGAAAAAAGGGUCUUUCCCGGGACAAACUGUCUUUACCGACUGGAUGGAAUCAACCAAGGAAAACCCAGUGGUGGUUGACUUUGAGGUGACCCCCAUUUUGGAUUUGGUGAAGAACUUCCCAUGUGCUGUGACCAAACGCAGGAAUCUCAGGAAGGCUUUUUCAGAAUAUAUGGAGAAAUACGAUCCAUGCCGAUGUGCCCCAUGCCCCAACAAUGGUCACCCUGUUUUAUCUGGGACCGAAUGCCUGUGUAUCUGCAAAGCUGGAACUUACGGUGAUAACUGUGAGAUACGAGCCCCAGACUACCAGUCAGUUGCAGUAGAUGGCUUCUGGAGCUGCUGGUCUGCAUGGAGUUCAUGUGAUGCAUCUUUCAAGAGGAGGAGGACUCGGUUGUGCAACAACCCCCCGCCCACAAGUGGAGGGAAACCUUGUGAAGGUGAUGGAGAAGGAGAGGAAGACUGCUAUAUUUCACUGUUUGAAGACAAAGGGGCUCCUUGCAUAAAUGAUGAUGAAGUCGUAAGAGAAGUAGAUAUGUAUCAACCUGAACAAGACUUGGGAUGCCUGACUCCUGUACCUCCAGAAAAUGGAUUCAUCAGGAAUGAGAAAACACACUAUUCCAUUGGAGAAGAAGCAGAAGUCGUCUGCCUGAGUGGCUAUAACCUUGUUGGGUACCAGUUCCUCAGGUGCCUGCCGGACAAAACAUGGAAUCAACACACGGUCGAGUGCCAAUUGUCGACUUGCUCCAGACCACCCAUCUCCGAUGAUAUCAGAAUCACCCCAUUUAAAUUCCAGUACCGGAUCGGGGACAUCAUCCACCUGAGUUGCCCAGGUGGUCGUGUUGUUACUGGCCAAAAGAAGUACACUUGUGGGGCUGAUCUAUCAUGGACACCUCCUAUUUUGACAUCACUUACUUGCAAGGAAGAUGGGCAGAUGAAUUCAAGAGGGAAUUGUCCACUUGGACAAAAAGAGGUGGAGUCUCAGUGCAUUUGUAUAUCUGCUGAGGAGGACUGUGAUCUCUACUCUGAAGAGAUCUGUGUGCUGGAUGGGGCAUCUGAACAAGCCCUUACAAAACCGAGCUGCCAGUAUCUGGUUGAAAGGUGCAAUGGCUCCGAACAGUUCCAUUUCCUCCAUUCUGGACCCUGCCACGAUGACACGCCUUUGAACUGGGCCAUCGAGAGGGCAAGCUUUUCAGCAAACAGCACAAAGAAAGAACCUUGUGGAUAUGAUGUGUGUUAUGACUGGGAAACAUGUUCAGAGACGGAAUCACAGUGUACCUGCUUGCUUCCAAACCAGUGCCCAAAGGAUGAGGGCCACCUUUACUGCAUCCAGACCAGAAGAGGGCGUCCAAAGAGGACAUACACCCUCUGUGCAUUGGGGGCCAUGAAGUGCACCAAGAUGAGGGUGGAAUCCUUUCAUCCUGGGAAGUGCUUGCCUUAAAAUAGACAUCAAAACUCAUCUCCUUACGGACAGACAUAUUUCGGUAGCAUGGUAUAUUCAGAAUAAAUAUCAAUGGACGUUA